CGUCUGUUUGGAUACAGUAUUAUUUUAAGUGAUAUCAUACAUCGAGAUGGAUGGCAAAGAUGGAGAUGUCGAAGUGUCAUCCCCCUUGUCGGAACAUAAGUCCGAUGAUGAAGCAGAAGGCGGUGAAUAUGAAGAUGAGGGAAAAUCUGAAAUAAAUUUUGCUGUUCUUGACGGUUUGGAUCAAUCUCAAACAGCACUACAGCCAACUUAUCAAAUCCGGCCACCUCUUUCCGAGAAGUUUAAGCCAAUGAGCGCCAAAGAAGUAAUACACAAUGUGUUGUUCGAUCAGCUGUCAACAAAAGUAUACGAUGCCAAAGAAGUACCUAAAUGGUGUCAGGAAAUAGCUGACAUAAUCAGAGACAAAGUUAAAGAGCUAAGGUUCAAACGAUACAAGUACAUUGUGAAUGUAGUGCUGGGAGAGCACCGGGGAGCUGGAGUUAAGAUUGGCACAAGGUGUAUAUGGGACGCUGAAGCUGAUAGUUAUGCCUAUGACAAUUUCUUAAAUGAAACAAUAUUCUGUGUUGCAACAGUCUAUGCUGUAUACUAUUACUAAAGAUACUAGAACAGGGUAACUUACUUAGAAUCAAGACUGUCAGCAAUGGAUCAUUCACGGGUAUGCAGUUGACUGAAAACAUACUGCAAGGUUCGUUUCUACUUUUUAACUUGAUAUCGCAUAGUUAUUUAUUUGAAACAGAUCAAUUUUGAUCUGCGAUCUCUCAUCAUCUUAUUGUUGUUUCAUUUCGUUUAAAUGAAUGUAGAACGUUCUUAUUUCAGAAUAUUAGUUUUGAUUUAAUAUAAAAAUGUUUCUCAUUCUGAUGAUCUCUGAUCAUUUUACUAUUAUUUGGUUUUGUUUGAAUGAAUGUAGAACGUUCCUAUUUCAGAAUAGCAGUGUUCAUUUAAUAUAAAGUUAUCUUAUUGAAGUCAUACAAAUAGAUUCAGGUAUGUUAACUAGAAAAAACUUCACUUAAAAUUAAGAAAACAUAGUGCACAUUUCAUAUAUGCAUUGUUAUUUUUCAAUUGUCGUUGUUCGACAGUAUUGCAAGUAUCAUUCUGAGAAAUGCAUUAUUUUCUACUGAUCCAUGUGAUACUUUUUAAACACCGCUGUUUCGAGUAUCGAUCUGACAUUGGGACCUAUUUUGUGGCAUAUUCUUGCCACAGCAACACAGAAGUGGAUUGAAUACUCGUUAUUACUAUUACCAAUUUAUGUAAUUUUCUAAGUCUCUAUUUUUAAAUAUACUUAUUGAAUGUGGGAUCACGAACAGUAGGAAUAGGGUUUAAAAAUACAAUCAGUUCAUUGGUAUGUAUAAUUAUAUAUUAUUUCACGUGAAAGCGUAUACACCCUGCGUUUGUCACGGAAUGGCGAAAAACUUUUUUCUUUCUUUUUACAAACGUUUAAAACUAAUAAUAUCUGCGUUACUUAGCCUGGAAGUUAUGCAUCGUGAUUAUGUUUUGACUUAUACGAUUACAACCAUUAAAAUUAUUAUAGCACCAUAAUUCACGGUUCUUUACCAUGAUUAGUUAAUCACAUUAUCCAGUAUUUAACUUGCAGUGACAAUCGGUAAAGGUAAAUAUUUAUGGAAGUCAAGUGGCUUUUUAAUAACUAUACGUGAACUAAACUUCUCGUUAAUUAAUUAGUAAACAGAAUAUUCCGAAUUAUGUUGUGAUUAAUAAGUAUAAAUAUUAUAAUCAUCCUAACAGUACGCUGAGCAUGUACAUUCAAAAAUAAACAAAAUUUUUUAGUAUGAUCAGAUCUUCGUGUAAAUUUAAAAACAAGUAAGUUUUUACUUUUGGUGCACAUAAUAUCAAAGCAGUUACUUAGGCAUCUAGCUUGCAACUGACACUUUAAUAACUAAAUAUAAACUAUUAGAUGAUAUUAUUUUUAUAAAUUUUACAAGCGAAUAUGAAUCAUUGUUCACAAAUCUACUGAUUUAACGUAUUGUAACAAAUAACUUUCAUAUGUCUACAUACUUAUAUCGGAUUUGGCACAAAGUGAUUGUUACAGAAAACUAAUUUA